GCGGUGCAGCCGCGGAUGGAUGCUGCGGGAAGGGGCUGCCAUUUGCUGCCCCUGCCAGCGGCGCGCGGACCUGCCCGCGCUCCCGCUGCCUCCAGCGCCCUCAGCCCGCCCGGCCUUUGCAGCCGCACCGCCUCAGCUUCCUCCGCGGCCGCCGGAGCGGUCGCCAUGAACCCCAGCUCCUCGGCGGGAGAGGAGAAAGGGGCGACGGGCGGCAGCAGCAGCAGCGGAAGCGGCGCCGGGAGCUGCUGCCUAGGCGCCGAGGGCGGCGUGGACCCGCGGGGUGCAGGGGCAGCGGCUGCUGCUGCCCUGGAGGAGCCCGGGGCCGCCGGACAGAAGGAGAAGGAAGAGGCGCUGGAGGAGAAGCUGAGGGACUUAACUUUCCGGAAGCAGGUCUCUUACAGGAAAGCCAUCUCCCGGACAGGCCUCCAGCACCUGGCUCCUGCACAUCCUCUUGGCCUUCCUGUGGCGAAUGGUCCAGCAAAGGAGCCCAGAGCGACUCUGGACUGGAGCGAGAAUGCCGUGAAUGGGGAACACCUAUGGCUGGAGACCAACGUCUCGGGCGACCUCUGCUACCUGGGGGAGGAGAACUGCCAAGUCCGAUUUGCAAAAUCUGCUGUCAGGAGGAAGUGUGCAGUCUGCAAAAUUGUGGUCCACGCUGCCUGCAUUGAGCAACUAGAGAAGAUUAAUUUCAGAUGUAAACCAACAUUUCGGGAAGGAGGCUCCAGAUCACCAAGAGAAAACUUUGUGCGUCACCACUGGGUCCACAGGCGGCGGCAGGAGGGAAAAUGUAAGCAGUGUGGUAAGGGUUUCCAGCAAAAGUUCUCCUUCCACAGUAAAGAGAUCGUGGCCAUCAGCUGUUCUUGGUGCAAGCAGGCGUUUCACAAUAAGGUGACCUGCUUCAUGCUGCAUCACAUCGAGGAACCCUGCUCUCUGGGGGCCCACGCUGCUGUCAUUGUCCCGCCCACCUGGAUCAUUAAGGUGAAGAAACCUCAGGUGAUCUCCAUACCAGGAGAUGAACUUGAACUUGGUUGGGCGGGAGACGGACCUGGUUGGGCGGGAGACUGGAGCCCCUCAGAGAAUUUGGGAUUCUUCCAUUUUUACUGGGAGGGUUGGCAGAACUCCCUGAAGGCUUCCAGUCGGAAGAAGAAAAGAACAAGCUUUAAAAGGAAAGCCAGUAAAAGAGGAACUGAGCAGGAAAACAAAGGUCGUCCUUUUGUGAUCAAGCCCAUAUCCUCUCCUCUCAUGAAGCCUUUGCUUGUGUUUGUGAACCCAAAGAGUGGGGGCAACCAGGGAACCAAAGUCCUUCAGAUGUUCAUGUGGUACCUGAAUCCACGGCAAGUGUUUGAUCUUUCUCAGGAAGGGCCAAAAGAUGCGCUGGAGUUGUACAGGAAGGUACCGAAUCUGAGAAUUCUGGCCUGUGGUGGGGAUGGAACGGUGGGCUGGAUCCUCUCCAUCCUGGAUGAGCUUCAGCUGAGUCCACAGCCUCCUGUGGGGGUCCUUCCAUUGGGGACUGGGAAUGACCUGGCUCGGACACUCAACUGGGGAGGGGGCUACACCGAUGAGCCUGUUUCUAAGAUCCUGUGCCAGGUCGAAGAUGGCACCAUUGUACAGUUGGACCGCUGGAACCUUCAUGUGGAGAGAAACCCGGACUUGCCCCCUGAAGAACUUGAAGAUGGCGUGUGUAAGCUUCCUCUGAAUGUCUUCAACAAUUACUUCAGCCUCGGAUUUGAUGCCCACGUCACUCUGGAGUUCCACGAAUCCCGAGAAGCAAAUCCAGAGAAAUUCAAUAGUCGUUUUCGAAAUAAAAUGUUCUAUGCAGGCGCAGCCUUUUCUGAUUUCCUACAGAGAAGUUCUAGAGAUCUAUCCAAACACGUCAAAGUUGUCUGUGAUGGGACAGAUCUCACCCCAAAGAUCCAGGACCUGAAGUUCCAGUGUAUAGUAUUUUUAAAUAUACCCAGAUAUUGUGCUGGCACAAUGCCUUGGGGAAACCCUGGAGAUCACCAUGAUUUUGAACCCCAGCGUCACGAUGACGGCUACAUUGAAGUCAUCGGAUUCACCAUGGCCUCUUUGGCUGCCCUGCAGGUCGGAGGUCACGGAGAAAGGCUGCACCAGUGUCGGGAAGUGAUGCUUCUGACUUACAAGUCCAUCCCCAUGCAAGUCGAUGGGGAACCGUGUAGGCUGGCCCCCGCCAUGAUUCGGAUCUCCUUGAGGAAUCAGGCCAACAUGGUACAGAAGAGCAAGCGGAGAACCUCCAUGCCUUUGCUCAAUGACAUCCAUCAGGUGCAAGCUGCGGACCUGCGGCGAGUGUCAGCUCCCCCCGGCUCCUUGACCAUUCCCCAGUCUGUCCCAGAUCGCCUGAGGAUCCGAGUGAACAAAAUCAGUUUACAAGACUAUGAAGGACUCCACUAUGACAAAGAGAAACUCCGGGAAGCCUCCAUCCCUCUGGGUAUUCUAGUUGUUCGUGGAGACUGUGAUUUGGAGACUUGCCGUAUGUACAUAGACCGCCUACAGGAGGACUUGCAGUCAGUUUCUUCUGAGUCACAGAGAGUUCAUUACCAGGACCAAGAACCCUCCUUCCCCAGGGCGCUCUCAGCUCAGAGGUUGUCCCCUCGGUGGUGCUUCCUAGAUGCAACUUCUGCUGACCGCUUUUAUCGAAUAGACAGAUCUCAGGAACAUUUGCACUUUGUGAUGGAGAUUUCUCACGAUGAGAUUUUUAUUCUGGACCCAGAUAUGGUGGUGUCACAGCAGGCAGGGACACCUCCAGGAAUGCCUGACCUAGUGGUUGAACAGGCUUCGGGGCUGUCUGACUGGUGGAACCCUGCCCUGAGGAAACGCAUGCUGAGUGACAGCGGGCUGGGAAUGAUCACACCCCACUACGAGGACUCAGAUAUGAAAGAUCUCAGUCACUCCAGAGUGCUACAGUCACCAGUCUCUUCAGAAGAUCAUGCAAUUUUGCAGGCAGUAAUAACUGGUGACCUUAUGAAGCUCAUAGAAAGCUAUAAGAACGGAGGCAGCUUGUUAAUUCAGGGACCAGACCACUGUUCACUCCUUCACUACGCAGCUAAAACUGGCAAUGGGGAGAUUGUGAAGUACAUCCUUGACCACGGACCUGCAGAAUUAUUGGAUAUGGCAGACAGUGAAACGGGCGAGACCGCACUGCACAAGGCCGCCUGCCAACGGAACCGGGCCGUGUGCCAGCUUCUGGUGGACGCAGGAGCAUCGCUGAGACAGACAGACUCCAAGGGAAAGACACCCCAAGAACGAGCACAGCAGGCUGGGGACCCAGAUUUGGCUGCUUAUCUAGAAAGCCGACAGAACUAUAAGAUCAUUGGUCAUGAGGACUUGGAGACUGCUGUUUGACCCUGGUUGACAGGCAAAAAGAACUCAAGCAAAGGGUAUCAUCUACACCCUCCUGGCCACUGGGCGGCUCCCCUGGAAGAAGCUAAUGGAAUCCAUAUCCGCCUCUCUCCUGCAAGGAUCUAUCUGAGACCACACUACCAGGUUUUAAGGGCUACCGGGAUGUACAACAGGACAUGAUAGCCCAUUGAGAAAGAGGCAGGCUACCUGGAGAUUUGUGGAGUACACGUUCCACAAAAUUUGAUCCUUAUUGCUUCCAGCAAGUAGCAUGAACUUCUGUGUUCACCUGUCUAAUUUAUUUUAAAGAUGCCGAGGAUGUUCACAUAAAUGGCACUGCUCCCUCCUCCCUCUCUGCAUUCAUCUUUCCCCUGUACCACAGAAUUCUACUGUAAUCCCCCAUCCAUUUAGAAAAUAUACUAUCUCUUCUCUUUACUUUCAGUCUUCCAACCACAAGGUUGUCUGAAGGUCCCUGAAACCCUCCUGGAUGUCUUGCAGAAACAUAUCUGUAAAACCACUUCCAUUUGCAGACUAAAUAUACCAAGACUAGUUAGUGGCUUUGCAUGCCCCCUCCCCGUCUGGUUUCAUCACAUAGGAGCCGGGAAAGUGCCAUGGGGGUAAUGUCAACUUGUGUGCUCUGUCUCUGAGGUAUGGUGAAGUAGUAUGGGAGCUGUCUGUGCUUGAAGUACUUCAGAAGGUUACCCAGGGGUCAGCGCAGGCAGCUGUGCUGUUGGUGGUAGGAAGGACUGGUUCAGCUUGGGCUGUUUGUACAGCUCGGUACUGCCUAUGUGUAGCCAUCUUUGCCUUCUGCUGCAGUAGAGAUGAGUCAAGGAGUCAAUGGAAGCCCAGAGCUAGUUUACAGAGCCAUGUGAUUCUAAGUGCUGUUUCAGUGACAGGGUUGGACCUGUCUAGGACAGUAGUAUAGGAAAGGGAGCAUUCAAAUCCUAAGCUUUGUAAAGUGAUACUAGAAAGCGGUCUGAUUGACUUGAAAAAAAUAGCAAAAAUAAAAGUAGCAAUGUGUGUUAAAACAAUGUACUUCAGCAGGAAAACAGCCUCAGCAUUUUGGGCUGAGGUUCACUACUACAGGCUCAUGGAUACAGUGGUGAAAGGGGGUUCACAUUUGUUUCUCCAAAAGUUCAGUUUUCAUGAUGUCAAGGAAGGCUUGGGCCAAGGACAAAGCCUCAUUUCACCAGUUCCGUGGUCAGACUCUCAGGAUGCCUGGCCCUUCCUAGUCUGUGCUUCACCUAUUUUUUUAUUUAUUUAUUUUUUUUUUAGGAUCUGAGAUCAUGUCUGAUGACCCUAUUUUCCACACAUUUGGGGGGUCUAUUAAGCUCUUUUCCCGGCUUUAUUUUCUCCUGUCACAAACUUCUUAAUAUAAACCACUGUGACAGAAACGCUUUAUGAAAUUGUUACUUCUGUUCAUGCUGUGGAUCUGGAGGAAUCAGGUAAUAAAGAGGAGAAAAAAAAGCAAAACAAUUUCUAUUCAAACUUCUCCUUGACUUAGUUAGGUGUGGGUCACAAAUACAAGUGGAUGUGAGGGCUUUUCUUUCUGCUUCCUUCCAUUUUUCCCUUGAACAAAGGAAAAUGUUCCUCUGUGUUUCUGCAUGUGACCUUUAAUCUCACAGUCCAAUGGGGACAAUUCAUUUAUCAGAAUCACAUGUCAUCAUUUUGAAAGGUCGGAUAUGAUGUACCAUAUUAAGUGUAAGCAAGCUUUGAGUAGGUAGGGAUUCCAUUACCAGAGACUCCCUAUAGUCAUUUCAAGAUCAAACUUGGCAUCGUUUCUAGCUGGGGGAAAGUGGGUUGGCUAAGAGUAAUAUGUUUCUAGUCAUCCAUCUCAGAACUGAAACUCUCUCUUGGAUUUUACAGGGAGGGAAAGCAAAGGGUCUGGAUGAGAUUGUUUCCAGGAGCUGAAGUCACUGAGUUUCUGUUAGGAAUUUUUCAGUUGUUGGGGCUGUCAAGGAAAUAUUGUGAUGACAAAUAUAAUCCCUAGAAUGGACUGGAACCUGGCUUUGAAUGGAAACUUCCAUCUCUGAGAUUGAGCCAAACCCUUGGCCAAGCAGUUGGUUAUCCAGCUGGCCACUGCUGAGAUGCAGGACUAUAUUUUCAUCAACCACCAUCUCACAUUUCUGUGAGAAUGCUUCAAAACAGCCCAGAGAAAAUUUAGGAUAGAGGUGGCUAUGAGCCAGUGCCCAAUGACUCCAAGACACAAAUAAGUCCCUGGCGUGAAAGUAGAUGCAGUAUUGACUACUGUAAGGGUCCUGGUACAUGUAGAAAUUGCCCCCCCUUCCAAAAAAAGAAAAAAAUAGAUUCUGCAUUAUAGUUGAGGAACAAUAUACAUGAUCUGUCUCUGGAAAAAAACUUAGGGUUUCAAAAACAAUGUGAGCAGAGAAGCUAUAGAUUUCAUGAUUUCAACAUUAAGUCUACCUCCUGUAGGAUUUUUUAAAAAUUAUUUGUUGUGGGUGAUAGUUCUGAGCAUUAGAAAGCUAAAGCCGUGUGGUCCAGGAGUGCCUGCUUACGUAUAUAGUGUCACAUUUAGUGAGCCAACAGGAGGUACAGAAGAAAAUGGUACAAUCCUGGUCCUGCAAACUUUCUCAGACAUAAAAAUGGGUACCUGUAGAAAAAAAGUCUUUAUGCAUCCUGCUGGGGCUAUGUUACAAGGAACAGCAAGCCUAGCUGACUCUCCUGUAUCCAGUCCCUUGUGCUGUAGAACUGUCUUCUCUGGAAUUCCUCCUUAAAGUGGGCUGGUAGAAGUAUGAAAAAUGAAGUGUUAUUAAAAGACAGAACUCUGGAGCUGUAAAGGUAAUCAUUUUUGUAACCCUGUAUUACACAGACCAUGAAACAUUAGCCCAAGCCUUGCCCUUACCACAUUUACUAGUGCAACAGAGACCAGGAGAGGAUUCCUUAGCCUAGAAUGCUAAACAGGGUGACUGGGGAUUUUUGCCUUGAGAUUUCUGGUCACCUCCAUAGAGGUGGUGAUUGAAACCCAGUGGGAGUUCUAAAGCAGAAUUCAGCUGCUGUGAAAUUAGUAAGAAAUGGUGGGAGGCCCCUGUGCCCUGCUGCUUCCUGUCUUCCCAGAAACUACCCAGGCAGAUUUGUCUGGGUACUGAGAUGCUCAACAGGGCAUUUCUUUCUACUGGGACCUAGUAGAGAUUCCUUUGCCUAAUGGAUCUCUGAAAUGUAUUUGAUAGAAUCCCUAGGAUAUUUAUGUCUAAGAAAAUGAAAGGUGGCGAUUUCAUUUAAUCACAUGGCAAUGAUAUGAACACACAUUUUAGUUAUGGAAGUAGCACAUGCAUAUAAUAAAAGUUCUAACUCCACGGGAAGUACCACAUGCAGCAGAAAGGCAUCUUCUGUGCUGGUGUGUCUCAGCACCCAGCAAGAAACACUGUCAAUGUGGACAAUCAUGAUUGCUUGUAUGUUAUGUCAGAAAUAUAUUGCUCAUAUACACACAUACCUGUACAUGUACACACAUAUCCAUCCAUCCAUAAAUAGAAAUGUAUUUAUUUGUAUACAUAUGGACAUAUAUGCCAUAUACACAUAUUACAUAUGUUUAGAAGAAAAGACAUUUUAAAAGCAUGCAAACCAUCUUUAUGUGAAUAGUUAACACUACUAGGUGAUGAUCGGUACAGUAACAGAAUUUUCAUCUAAUUGUUAUUUCAUCCAUUGGUGCGCUUGCUUCUAUCCCUGUAUCACUGUAGUUGCACACAGCAUUGGUGAUUGUCAGAGUCAUAAAUUCCAUGACCAAUGAGUCUUCUGAUUAUUUAUAUGUUGCCUUCCAUGAUGCAUGAAACCAACAUUAGCCCUGUGGCUUGUCUGCUUUUGGAAAUCAAGGGAGUAAAGGAGAAUUCUUUCUUCUCUGAUCCCCUCCCUGCUUAAGCUGAGUUGAUAAGAUCAACACCCAGACUUUCUGAUGCUGUUUAACUAGGGCAAGCUAUUGUCAGGAAGGGGUAGAUACUUGGGUGUGGUCUGGGGGUUGGAGCAGCUUGUCUUCCAGUAGGAGAAGCUAAUUAAAUCAUUGAGCACAGCAUGGUGUUUUAUUCAGUUAUGCUCUUGAAAAGUAAAAAUAGAUCUUUGUUAAAAUGGCUCAUCAUAACCACCAACUAAGACUGCUAAUUGUUCUAUGCAACUAAAUUAUGUACGUGUUAGGAAAAGAAAGACCAUGUAUUAAAUUAGCUAUCUGAACACACUGUAAUAUGUAUUUAGUAUAAAUUCCCUUCUGCCCACAUCUCAGAAACACUGCCUUUCAAUUUCUUGGUGCUUCUCAGCACUGAGCUCCACAUUCAGCAGAUAAAAUAUCCUUUUUCUAUGCUCCAGCCAUCGCCCAUUUUCUGUCCCCCGGUUCUCUGGCUGUGCCAACAUUUCUGGCACUACUGUCUAUCACUUUGUUUCACAGCUGCUUAAAUUUUCCCCAGAUGUUGUGAUUGAAAUAUAUCAACAUGAAAUUUCCCUCUGGGGCAAGUACCUAUGUUGCCCAAAGGUACGUAUGUGCCCAGUGACCUCAGCCGUCUUAUAGAAUUAUGACAAGUUGAUUCUUAGAAGCAGUCUUUGAGGUUUAGUUUAUUUUUUGUUCUAGUCACUUGAGAGGUCACAAUUAUAGAUAUUUCUUCCAUUUCAAAUGGUGUAAGUGACAUGUACUUUUAACAUCACCCAAAGAACAAGAUUAUAUAUGGGUUAUACUCUUGAGGGCUAUCUGUGUUUUUUUAUUUUUAUUUUUUUAGGUUGUUAAUGCAGCUUAAUGAGAAACCUAAAAACAGAAAUAAGCAAAGGAUACCACACUGGAUAAUCGACUCACGCAGAACAUUGAAAUUUGUUAUUCUGGUCCCAGAGAGGAAACAAAAUAAUCAUAAAGCUAUUAAAACAAAUACUUUACAAUAGAAAUUUGGAUAUUGGAUGAUGUGUUCCUCCAGGAAACACACACACACACACACACACACACACACACACACACACACACACACACACUCAAUCAGCCUCAUCCAAUUGUAUUUGCAAGUAUUUCAACAUUUCUUUCAAAAUAUCUAUCACUCACUGUGAUACAGACACCUCACUAAGAAUAUAGCUAUAUAUGAUUGCAAAAGAUAAAUGAUUUCAAGGAAGUGGCAGACAAGGAACCAGAGACAAACUUAAGUAGUUUAAGUUGUGUAAAUUGCAUGUGUUUGGACUUGAGGGAACCUCAGCAUGCCCUGAAAGUUUACCAGGAUCUUUGUUAUUUUUAUUGCUCUUUGGCCAGUAUAUUUUAGUUCGGUGCAAGCAAAUGCAAUAGUAUUAUUUUGUAUUUCCAUUUCCCUGGAAUCCUGGUAAUAUUCUUAAAAAUAUAUUUGAAACAUUGGCUUUAAGAUGAAACUUAGAAACCCUACUUAAGUAAAGGCUAAGAUUUAUUUAUACCAGCCCUCAAGAGCUAAACCAGGAAUAAUAAGCAGAAUUUUCAGUGGGUUUUGAUUAAAUAUAAAGAAGAUGAAGUAUGAGUUGCCAAAUAGUGCAGUGGGCAUCUGUACAGAGUUACAAACUUUCAACAUCUGGAAACACUUAAAUGAAGGGUAUUUGACCAUCUUUAGGCAUGUCACAAGCAGGGAUUUGUGAUCUGAAGGGGCUGGAAAUUAGAUUGUUGAUUUCUUUACAUCACUUUGAAGAUGGCUUUGUCUGAUGGCAACAUUUGAUCUUAAAAAUUAAUGAGAACCUUGAUUUCUUAAUUAAAACAUUUUAUAUACGAGGAACUUUAAAACCAUGGAGGGGGUAGUCUUUAGUUCUCAUUUUAAAAAAAAUUAAAAAGUAAAACCAACUAAGCACAGAUACAAGAACUCAAAAAAAAUAAGGAGAUAAAAAUUCAGAAUUCUUCUGAAAACAUCUUAGGUGUUAAUGAAUAUUUUUGGACAUUCUCAAGUAAAGCCUUAUUGGAAAUCUGCCAUUCUUCCAAUAUAAGAAAGCACUGUGAUUUGAGAUUCUUAGAGUUAACUGUAACCUAAUCAGAAGGGAAUUCUGCCCCAGGGACAUUUAGGAGCUAAAUAAAUGUACAUGAAAGGCAUCAUGGAGAAUCCCUUGGCUUCUGGUACCAACCUGGUAAUUGCAAGGGAGGAAAUACAGAACAAAAUGGUGGGAUAGGUUUUCUCUCUGCUUCCAGUGUUCCAGUGUCUGGAGGCCAAUGGUGUCUUAAGUUGGCUGCUUUUGGUAGUGGAAACAACUGGGACUCUCUUGUUUCUCAGCUCUUUACUGAGACACACACGUGGUUUACAGUAUAAAGGAAUUUAAACAACAAUUCAAAUAUUGUUUACUAACAACUUCCAUAAGAUUUUUUUAAGUCAAUGCUUUGAUAGUUUGAUGCAUUUUGACACUUCUGAGCUUUGGUAUCUAAUACAAUUCUAUGAGGAAGAUAAUGCAGGUAAGAUGUUCUAAACUAGGUUCCAGCACAGUGAUCAACCUGCACAGUUCACACAGUGACAGGGUUCCCACCAGAUAAGGGAUCUGUUGAACAUACCAACAUGCCCCAAACAGAUGCUUUCUAGGAAAAUAGUUUUGCACCAUUGCCUUCAGUGGAGUAUUACAUCUGUUGUUCAGAUUUCCGUGAUACAAAGGUUUCUCCAUUGAAAAAGAAGAAAGUCUACCUAAAAUUUCACAGCCAAGUUGAAUAGAACCAAGAGAGAUCUUAAAAUUAGAAUUCUAGAGUUUUUGUUAUCAAGAGGCAUGCAAAUGUGGACAUAUUUCAAACACAAAAGAUUUGGAAACUGUGGUAAAACCAUCCAAAGAACCUAGAGGUGAGGGUUGAUGACUUAACUAUUUGCGAUUCUCAUUCUCUCUGUCUCUAUCUCUGUCUCUGUGUGUGUAAAUGGAAGUGCUAUUUUACCUCCUUUGAAGGCUGGUAUUGUUUCAGAAUGCUGUACCAAAAGGUGUUGAGAGUGGCCCUAUCAUUCAAGGCAUGGUUGAUCUGUUUAUGGGAGGGUGUAGGUGUAAAGUUUAUCCUACAUAACCAGAUAAAUAGACAUUCUGACACAUAUGGGAAACUAUGCUGUGCUUGAACUGAAAAGAAUAGAUAAUGUUUUGCCAUUCUGAUCUCAUAUUCUCCAAGGAUUGCCUAUGGGCAGACUGGCGAAUUUGUAGUAGGGUAUUUGAUCCUUAAAAAAAAAAAAGGCAAUGUUAGGUUAGGGGAAAAAAAUGUCCAAAGGAGACUAGCUGCUUGGUGAUGUCAGAUCCAAGUUCUAAGGGACAAACAAUGUGUAGACUCUAAACCAAGUACAGAACAGAUCAAAAAAAGGCAUGAAGCACUGGUAGCUGUAUUAUGUAAGGCUUUUCAUUUCUAAACAUUGCAUCUAGAAAAAUCAGUUGGGCUUCCUCGAGAAACAACGCGUUUUUCAACUAUUUCUUCUAGUACUUAUGUGAAGAUUAAAAGUCAGCUCAGGGAUCAUAGGAAAGUCAAUCCAUAAUUGUGAGGGAACUUGGAGAAAAAGAACAUGUAAUACUUCCCAGGCUUAGUUUCUGUUAUUUUAGGCUGAAGUAAAACUUAGAGCCCAUUUGCUCCCAGGUUCCUGACAAUUAGUUGGCAGCUUCUUAGGGGAAUCAAAGGCAUUAUUGAACAUUAUAACAGAUAUAGCCCAAAUCCAUUAGAAGUAGAAAUUUUGUGACUUUAAAUAUUUGUGCAUUCUCUCUCUGUCUUUCUCUCUCUCUCUCUCUCUUACACACACACACACAUAUGUGUACACACACAUAUGUGUUUGUAUAUAUGUUUUUUUUUCUCCUUGCCUUUUGUUUGGGACUGGGGCUUUGAGAAAGGACUGAAGAUGCCUGUGUGUUUCUGGCCAUAAAGAGACAGGGAAGCUUUUCUACACCUCUCUGUGACCAAAUAAGACAUAAACUCACAUCAAUAGGCUAGUGUUUCCAUACUCUUUUUAUUGAAGGAGAUUAUAGUCUUGAUUGACCAUCUUCCCUUUGCCUAUAAGUUUAAUGCCUGAGUCCUAGCUUCCGGGUUUUCUGGCUGGGGUAGGGUGGGGUGUCAGUGCUCAGAUAAUUAGGGGAUGUAUCGUAUCCAGAGUUCUCCUCUGAAGGAGCUUGUACAACCCCAUUCUCUCUUCUCUCCUGCCCCACUCCUUGUCCUUGGCUUGGGAAAGAAAAACAAGAGCAGAGUGAUAAGAAGAGACACAAAUAAUUUUGAAACAGAUUCCCAGGUAUAGCACAAUAAGAUGACUCUGGUAUUAGUGCAGGCUCUCCUGGUAACUCACAGGUAACAUACAUACUCAACAAACAUUGUCCUCAUGAAAACCCAGUGUAGAAAGCAAACUUAUACAGAGUGGCUUCAAGGAGUGUUAGCUGGGGGUUUCAGUUUAUGCAGCUCAGUAGAAAUGAAUUGAAUGUGGCAUUUAGUGGGCAAAUGGGGAAAGCUAAUGGAAGAUCUUUGUAGUAGAACUCCCAAAGGGAUGGAUAUUGUUUGAGACUUUCUUCAACUGCCCAUAGUUUAGACUCCUUCACAGAUGUGUGUUGGCCCAUUAUAAAAGUUGAGAAGAAAAAGAUCAGCCUGAAGAGUUUCAUCCACAAACUUAAAUGUACUUUCAUCUUAGCUACGCAGAUAGCAGACAUUGUUAUUUGGGGAUAUAAACCUAGCCUUUUUCUCUUAAAAAUGAAAGAUAUGAGCUGUUUACAAGUAAUCUCCUCUUAAAUGAAUGCAAAACAAAAUUGCAAAACCCAAACCUAUGUUCUCUGCGAUGUGGGGUAGGAGGCUUACUGGAGGUCCCUGGCCACCAGCCUAGCUCCAGGUUUAGUGAGAGACCCUGUCUCCAGGGAAGGAGGCAGGAAGUGAUAGAGCAGAAUGCCCAGCAGCCCUACAUUGACUUGGUCUUUUGUUUAAACUCAUGAGCAAUUCUCACAAAUGUAUUUUUCACAUUUAUAGUGUUUAAAACGUUUUAUCAUCUGAUACAUGCUGUACCUUGUAUAAUGCAUCCACAUGCCCCCUACCUUUGGGUUUUAUUAGUUACCAGUGACAUUUUUCCUUUCCCACCCUGCCCCUACACUUCUCACUUGUUGGACUGAGGCAUUAACCCAUGCAUAUAUCUGCCCCCACACUUCUCACUGUUUUGACUGAGGCAUUAACCCAUACACAUAUAUGUGGAAUUUGUGGUACAGCUAGGGUCUUCUUGCUUGCUGAUAUCCUGGUUGUGAGUUGGCGAACAGUGAGCUUCCGCCCCGGGGAAUGAAUCUGGGGGCUUUUAAAAGCCAAAUGUUACAAUGCAGUAGGAUAUUCUGAGAACCAUGUAUUGAAAAGAUAGGGUCCAAAUCAGCUACAUAUUUGUCAGCUCAGCUGUAUUUUUCAAAUUGCCGAUGGUUAAGUGGACAACCAGGAAAGCUCUGUGGCCCAAGGCUGUUUGGAAGUGAGGAAGUGAUCCUGUGAAGCAUUAAGUGGCUGAUAUUGCCAGCAGAGUGGAAGUGUUUGGUGGAACUUGAUUUUCUGGAGUGACAAGGCUCCUCAGGCAUGCUGAGGAGCAUCCUGGCUGUGGGUGGGUCACUCACAGAGGCUACAUGUAUGAUGAAGAGUUGCAGUCAUGUUAUAAAGGGCUCGUUCAUGCUUUCCGACUCCGUCUGAUUACAUCCCAGAGCCAUGCCACUGCGAAGCUGCCAGCUGCAGGGUGGGAUCCCCUGGCAGUAGCCGCUAUGGCAGUAGAGGAGGAAAUUUUGUUUCCAGGUCAAGUGGGAUCCAGAUACUAUGAAGUGGAGGGAGGGAGGGAGGGAAGGGUGGGUUGGGGAGAGGGAAGAAUGGAGUUUUUUUGUAAUAAAGUCAUAAAGUAUUUUUCCCUAAUUUUCUCGCAUUUCCUAUUUAUAUAAAGAAUCUUGAUCACUGUGUUGCUCUACAGAGAUUUUCAAUGGAAUUAAUUUGGGAGACGAAUUAAUCUCUGAAAAAGAAAUUGACUAGUUAUACUUACUUUUUGGACACUUUUUCUGUAUUGUGAAUUGUGUGGAAAUGUACAGAAUAAAAAAUGAAAUAUAA